AAUGCGUGUGGUAGCUUUCUGUGUGCUUAGGUGCCCGAGCUACUGAGGGUCUAGGUCCGGGCAGCCGAAGAGUGUGGUAGGUAACGGUCGUCAGCGCAAGGGUCAUUUCGUCGCUGGGAAGGGACGGCCCUCGCCCGCGGUGAUGGUGGUUAGCAAGAUGAACAAAGAUGCGCAGAUGAGAGCAGCAAUUAACCAAAAGUUGAUAGAAACUGGAGAAAGAGAACGCCUCAAAGAGUUGCUGAGAGCUAAAUUAAUUGAAUGUGGCUGGAAGGAUCAGUUGAAGGCACACUGUAAAGAGGUAAUUAAAGAAAAAGGACUAGAACACGUUACUGUUGAUGACUUGGUGGCUGAAAUCACACCAAAAGGCAGAGCCCUGGUACCUGACAGUGUAAAGAAGGAGCUCCUACAAAGAAUAAGAACAUUCCUUGCUCAGCAUGCCAGCCUUUAAGAUUGAAUUAGAUUGUGUUGUUUUGUGGUUUUAUUUCUGAAAGUAAAACUUGCCAUAAAUUAGGAAUUGAUUUCCCCAAAUAAAAUCCUUUUUUGUAUGAUGGUAUACAGUUUUCAGUAAUGAUGUAUACAAUUGUAUUGAUUUUUUUCCCUAAAUGUGUUAUUUUAAUAAAUAUCUCAUGAAUGAG